UAUGCCCCAGACGCCAAUAUUUUCCAGCAUGCUUGGUUCCAGUUGUAGUGGACAAGUGCAGCCAGAUAUGGGAGAGAGGUGUGUGGACCCUGUUUAUCAGGAUGGGAACCUUGUUUCUGGAUCACUGGAAGCCUUGAUAGAGCGCCUGGUGCCCACCAUGGACUAUUAUCCAGAUAGGACUUACAUCUUCACUUUCCUAUUGAGCUCACGAGUCUUCAUUCACCCACAUGAGCUCCUGGCUAAAGUGGGGCAGAUCUGCAUUAAACAGAAGCAGCAACUAGAAACGGGGACCGAGGCAGAAAAGCUAAAAUCCUUCGCUGCCAAAAUCAUUCAGCUCCUGAAGGAAUGGACUGAAACUUUCCCCUAUGAUUUCCAAGAUGAAAAAUCCAUGAAAGAGUUGAAGGAGAUUGCUCACAGGAUCACACAAUGUGAUGAGGAAAAUGGAACAGUGAAAAAGAUCAUUAGCCAGAUGACACAGAAUCUCCUGAUGGCUCUCUCCGCACGGAGCCAGUACCAGGAAAUCAGAGAGAAAUUCCGGCAGCCUGUUAGCGACAAAGGCACCAUCCUCAAAACGAAGCCACAGUCAACUCAAAAGGACAUCCUGAGUGUGUGCUGUGACCCUCUGAUCUUGGCACAGCAGCUGACCUAUAUCGAACUGGAAAGGGUGAGCAACAUUUACCCGGAGGAUUUGAUGCAGAUUGUCAGCCACAUGGACUCCCUGGAUAAUCACAAGUGCCGAGGCGAUGUGACCAAAACCUAUAAUUUGGAGGCCUAUGACAAUUGGUUCAAUUGUCUCAGCAUGCUGGUGGCUACAGAGAUUUGUCGGGUUGUAAAGAAAAAGCAGCGUACAAGAAUGGUGGAAUUUUUCAUUGAUGUGGCAAGAGAAUGCUUCAACAUUGGAAACUUCAACUCAAUGAUGGCUAUUAUCUCUGGCAUGAAUUUGAGUCCCGUGGCACGGCUAAAGAAAACUUGGUCCAAGGUCAAAACAGCCAAAUUUGAUGUUUUAGAGCAUCACAUGGAUCCAUCCAGCAACUUUUGUAAUUACCGCACAGCCCUGCAAGGAGCAGCACAGCGAUCUCAGACUGCCAACAGCAAUCGAGAGAAAAUAGUCAUCCCAGUUUUCAACCUGUUUAUUAAAGAUAUCUACUUUCUGCACAAAAUACAUACGAACCGCUUGCCCAAUGGGCAGAUAAACUUCAAGAAAUUCUGGGAAAUUUCAAGACAGAUUCAUGAUUUCCUGACAUGGAAGCAGGUUGAGUGCCCUUUUGAAAAAGACAAGAAGAUCCAGAGCUAUCUACUCACAGCACCCAUUUAUAGUGAAGAAGCUCUGUUCAUUGCAUCCUUUGAAAGUGAAGGUCCAGAAAACCACAUGGAAAAAGACAGCUGGAAAACACUCAGGACAACUCUGCUUAACAGAGCCUGAGAUUUUUGGGUCUGAUCUACACACUUUGAAGCACAUUGAAUGAACGUGUUUUUACAACCUGAAAGACUUGGACUGAGCUAAAAAAGACCUCACUGGUUGAGGUCUCUUUUGUAUAUACAGUAACUUUUAUGAAAUAAGAUGUGGUAAAUAUUUCACAUGUCAACCUUAAGGCACUUAAGUGAAGGGUUUUGGUUUUUUAUUUUAAAUA